UUGCUGAAUGAGGUAUUAGAAUUAGAGUACUUUGGAGAGAAAAACAAGAUAAUCCUUUUCAAGUGUGAAUGGUUUGACACUAAUAGAGGGGUAAGGGUCCAUCCUCAACAUGGUCUUGUGGAAAUCAAUGUCAAAUUAAGGCUAGCAUCAUCUGAUCCAUUUAUUUUAGCUCAACAAGCUCAUCAAGUUUGCUAUAUUAAAUAUCCUAAAAUCAAUAAAGUCAGAGUUGACUGGUGUGCGGUUUUCAAAACCAAAGCUAGGAGCACUUACAAUAUUGGACCUUCCAUGGUUAACAACAAUUCAAAUGAGCAAAACUCCAAUGAUGUUGCUUAUCAAGAGGAUGAUGUCUCAAGACCUCAAGAAAUUGUACCAACAACCGAACUUGAUGAUCCCACAAUGUUACUUGAUUCAAGUAGUAUGGUUGAGGUGGAUGUUAAUGAAUUGCAACAAGUGCAACAACCACUUGAAGUGGUGGAAGAUGAAGAUGAGGAUGUAGAGGAAGAGGAAGAGGGAGAGGAUGAAGAAGAGGAAGAAGACACUGAAGAGUCAGAUGACGAUUUAGAAGUUGAUGGUAUUGAUAGUGAUGAUGAUGUCAACUUAGAAGAUGAUUCUGAAUGAUACAUUAUGCCUCGAAGAGCAGUAUCAUCUAGAGGUAGAGGACAUAGCCAGCAGCUCUCUAUGAAUGAAACAAAUAAUCCAACUGCAGAUUGUACUUCUCUAUCAGAUGAUUCAACAAAUUCAUAGAUUAGUUUUUAGUUUUAUGAACAUUGUUAAGUAUUAU